AUGACCAAUUGGAAAGCCAGACAGGUGGACUUGAACGAGUGUUUGCCACAUCAGCUUCAGUACUCCUUUUCAUGUUUCCUCUCUUCCUUGGUGCCUUAUGCCAUGGGUAAGGAAGGGCAGUUUCAGCACUUAAAUGGUGCCCGCAGUUUGGUUGCCUUCUGGAUUGUUUGUGCCCACUAUAUGCCCAAAGGAACGGCAACGGGCGACUUUUUGAAUGGUGCAGUCUUCCGGGUGAACGUGGCGGUCUGUUUCUUCGUUGUGGUGAGCGGCUUUGUGACGCACUGGACAAGUGAAGGGCGACCCUUGGAGUCUGUGAACGAGCUGCUGCAUUUCUAUGUUCGUCGUUUGAGCCGUGUGCUGGUGACCUUUUGGCUGGCCAUGUUGUGGGCCGUGUAUUUGCAGCACAAGAAUGGACAAGAGCUGCAGGUUGACUAUGUGGUGAGAUGCCUUUGUCUUGUCGAGCAAUGGGUUCAUUGGUGCCCCAACGGCCCCAGUUGGUUCGUCUUCGCGCUGCUUCCUUCAUGGAUCUUGUAUCCGCUGACCCGAAAAUUGGUCUAUUUGGCCGAAGAAAUUGGUGGAGGAGCUGGUCUUCUCUUUUUUCAGGCAUUCCUGUUCCUUUCCUCAGCAGGUCCAGCGGUGUACCUGCUCCUGGUGCAUGGAAACAUCACCAUGCAGGAGCAUUCGGACAUGACCUUUUGGCCGCCGUCUCAAAUGUCCGAUUUCGUGCUGGGCAUGACGACUGCGGCGUUGGUGCGACGCGGAGGAAAGUACCUUCACUUCUUGGCAGAUUUCAGUCUGCUCGUGGUGGUGCUAGUGGUCUUCCUGCUUCCACGGCCUGCAACGACGUGGGCCUUGCACCUCAACGGCUGGGAGCCAAUGCUGGACCAUGGACUGGCGCCACUACUCGCAGCUUUCAUCCUUGGCUCCUGCGCCGAUCGAGAACGUCCAGGCUGGUGCGCACGGCUUUUGGCUCAUCCCGCUCUCGUAUCGCUAGGGGAGAUGAGCUUUGAGGUUUACAUCUUCCAGCGGCCAGUGCACGACACCUUUGAACUCUUCACUGCCACUGAUGAGAUGGAUGUCUUCUUGGUUUACUUGCUGGUCCUUUGGGCCUUUGCUGGCGUUUACAAAAGCUAUGUGGAGGAUCCAGUGGAGCAGUGCCUGCGGGCCCGAAGAUCGGGCGGCUCACCCGCGGAAGUCUUAAAAGUGCCGACGGAGGACUUCGACCUCCUGCCAGAGAGCUCGGAGAAUGCAGACAUAGAGGGUGUCCGGAACCGUGGCAAUUAACCUUUUGAAUGCCGCGAUCUGACAAUCUGACACAACAUUGUUUCUUAGAUAAGAAAGUGAGCACAGGCCUUGCUUUUGCUUGUAGCUGCUUCCAGCCCAGAAAAGUCCUCCGUUGGCUGGCACGUGCCUUGAAGGUUUCUCCUUCAAAGCCAUUUUGAUGAAGGAAUCUUUGGGUAGUUCAGUUCAUGGGUGAUGGAAGACAUUUCGCAAGUCUUGACUGCAUGCUGACCUGGGCUCCUUUCAGAUUUUUGCUGUGAACUUGUG